AUGAGUGAGUUCAGCACAGACCAAGUCAUCAACAUGGAUAUAAACAAUGGUGUUAAUGACAUACGAGAUGAUUCAACAGAUCCAGAAGGAACACCUGCUAUAACUGGACCAGAUCCUCAAACUUUGAGUGAAAAACAGAAGUCUUACUUUGUUGAUCAAUCUAAGCCAAAGUUUAAUGUUCAAGAAACAGCUAAAAGAUUCAAAUAUUUAUUGGGUUUAACCGGUUUAUUCUCCCAUUUCAUCAAUAAUAAAGCUGAGAAGGAUCCAAAGUUUCGUCAAGUUUUGGAUAUUAUCGAGAAUGAUAAAAAUGGCUCAAAGAAAGCUAAGACCACAAACAAUAGAAGACGUAAAACUGAAAAGGAAGAAGAUGAAGAGUUAUUACAAGAUGAAGAAGAUGAAAACAAUGUCAUCACAGAAUUCACUGAAAGUCCAGGCUAUGUCCAUGGUGAACUGAGACCAUACCAAAUUGCUGGCUUGAAUUGGUUAGUUUCCUUGCAUGAAAAUAACAUUUCUGGUAUUUUGGCUGAUGAAAUGGGUUUGGGUAAAACUUUACAAACUAUCUCAUUCCUUGGUUAUCUUCGUUACAUUAGAGGUAUUGAAGGUCCUCAUUUAGUUAUUGUGCCAAAAUCUACUCUAGAUAAUUGGUCAAGAGAAUUUGCUAAAUGGACACCAGAUGUCAAUGCUUUCAUUUUACAAGGCGAUAAAGAUCAUAGAGCAGAUUUGAUCAAAAACAGACUAUUAACUUGUGAUUUUGAUGUUUGUAUCACUUCAUAUGAAAUUGUGAUUAGAGAAAAGGCACAAUUUAAAAAAUUUGACUGGCAAUACAUUGUCAUUGAUGAAGCUCAUAGAAUUAAGAAUGAAGAAUCCAUGUUAUCACAAAUCAUUCGUAUGUUCCAUUCAAAGAACAGAUUAUUGAUUACAGGUACACCAUUACAAAACAACUUGCAUGAAUUAUGGGCCUUGUUAAAUUUCAUUCUACCAGAUGUGUUUUCAGAUUCCGAAGCAUUUGAUCAAUGGUUUUUGGCUUCUAAUGAAGGUACUCCAGAUCCAUCAGUUAGCGGUGAAGAAAGAGAUUCUAAGAAACAAGACCAAGUUAUUCAACAAUUACACAAAGUUUUACAACCAUUUUUGUUACGUCGUAUAAAGAAUGAUGUGGAAAAAUCAUUACUACCAAAAAAGGAAGUCAACCUAUAUAUUGGUAUGUCUGAAAUGCAAAGAAAAUGGUAUCAAAGUAUUCUUGAAAAAGAUAUUGAUGCAGUUAAUGGUGCUAAUGGUAAACGUGAAUCCAAAACAAGAUUGUUAAACAUUGUUAUGCAAUUGAGAAAGUGUUGUAACCAUCCAUAUUUGUUUGAAGGUGCUGAACCAGGUCCUCCAUAUACCACAGAUGAACAUUUGGUUUACAAUGCUCAAAAAUUGAAAGUUUUGGAUAAACUAUUGAAAAAAUUGAAAAGCGAAGGUUCAAGAGUUUUAAUCUUUAGUCAAAUGUCCCGUUUACUAGAUAUUUUAGAGGAUUAUUGUGUGUUUAGAGAUUACCAAUACUGUCGUAUUGAUGGUCAAACUGAUCAUGCUGAUAGAGUUAGGGCAAUUGAUGAAUAUAAUGCCCCAGAUUCUGAAAAGUUUGUGUUCUUGUUAACUACAAGAGCUGGUGGUUUGGGUAUCAAUUUAACCUCUGCAGAUAUUGUUGUCUUGUAUGAUUCUGAUUGGAACCCACAAGCUGAUUUACAAGCUAUGGAUAGAGCUCAUAGAAUUGGUCAAACUAAACAAGUUAAAGUUUUCAGAUUGGUUACUGAAAAUGCUAUUGAAGAAAAAGUUUUAGAAAGAGCCACUCAGAAGUUAAGAUUAGAUCAAUUGGUUAUUCAACAAGGACGUAAUUCUGGUGCUGUCAAUCAACCACAAACUGCUAAAGGUACCUCAAAAGAUGAUUUGUUAAAUAUGAUUCAAUUUGGUGCUUCUGAAGUCUUCAACAAACAAAAUGGUGUUGAUGCAGAAAGUGAUGAGUUUGAUCUUGAUAAGAUUUUAGAAAAAUCUGAACAAAAAACCUCCAAAUUAUCAGAACGUUACUCUAAAUUAGGUCUUGAUGAAUUGCAAAAAUUUGCAUCUGAUUCUGCAUAUGAAUGGAACGGUGAAGAUUUCAAAAAGAAGGGAACUGAAAAGAUUGCUGGUUUGACUUGGAUUAAUCCAGCUAAAAGAGAACGUAAGGAGAAUUAUUCAAUUGAUAUGUAUUAUAAAGAUGUUUUACAUACUGGUGGUAGAACUUCAAAUGAUAAGAAAACUCCAAGAGCUCCAAAACAACCAAAUAUUUUUGAUCAUCAAUUCUACCCUAUCAAAUUACAGGAAAUAUUUGAUCGUGAAAAGGCAUACUUUAGAAAAACAAUUGGUUACAAGGUCCCAUUGCCUGAAGGACCAGAUUCAGAAUUUGAACAAAGAGAAGCUGAACAAAGAUUACAACAAUUGGAGAUUAAAAAUGCUGAACCAUUAACUGAAGAGGAUGAAGCUGAAAAGGCUGAAUUAUUACAACAAGGUUAUGCCAAUUGGUCUAGAAGGGAAUUCACUCAAUUCAUUCAAGUUUGUGCCAAAUACGGUAGAAAUUCAAUAACUGCAAUUGCUUCUGAAUUUCCUGAAAAGACAUUAGAUGAGGUUCGUGAAUAUGCAAAAGCAUUCUGGACACACUAUACACAAAUUGAAGGUUACGAAAGAUAUAUUUCUCAAGUUGAAGCUGGUGAAGAAAAAAUAAGAAAAUCCAAGUUGCAAAAGGAAGCACUAAGAGUCAAAUUAUCAGAAUAUUCCAAUCCAUUACAAGAGUUGGUUUUGAAAUUCCCUCCAGCCACUACAAACCGUCGUGUUUUCUCUGAAGAAGAAGAUAGAUAUAUUCUUGUUCAACUAUAUCGCUUCGGUCUUGAUAGAGCUGAUUUACAUGAAAGAAUUAGAGACAGCAUCAGAUCAUCGCCAUUAUUCAGAUUUGACUUCUUUUUCCAAUCAAGAACACCAUCAGAAAUAUCAAGAAGAGCUCAAACUUUAUUGGCAUGUGUUGUUAAGGAGAUUGAAGGUGGAUCAAAGAUCAAUAGAAAGAGAGUUAGAAAAGAUGAUGAAGUUGAAGAUGAUGAAGUUGAAGUGAAAAAGAGUCGUGGUAAAAGUAGAGGUAGAAAAUGA